AUGGCUGGGGUUUUCUAUUUCGUCCUCUUUUCGCUUCUCUUUGGGGUUUGCAACGCUGUCACCGGUUCCAGGGUGUACCCCGCGAACGAAGUUACCUUAUUGGAUUCCAGAUCCGUUCAGGGAGAACUUGGGUGGAUAGCGAGCCCUCUGGAAGGAGGGUGGGAGGAAGUGAGUAUUAUGGAUGAAAAAAAUACACCCAUCCGAACCUACCAGGUGUGCAACGUGAUGGAACCCAGCCAGAACAACUGGCUCCGAACUGACUGGAUCACCCGGGAGGGCGCUCAAAGGGUGUACAUCGAGAUCAAGUUCACCUUGCGGGACUGCAACAGUCUCCCGGGCGUCAUGGGGACUUGCAAGGAGACCUUCAACCUGUACUACUACGAGUCGGACAGCGACAAAGAGCGUUUCAUCCGGGAGAGCCAGUUCGCCAAGAUCGACACCAUCGCCGCCGAUGAGAGCUUCACCCAGGUGGACAUCGGCGACCGGAUCAUGAAGCUGAACACCGAGGUCCGAGAUGUAGGGCCGCUGAGCAAAAAGGGGUUCUAUCUGGCCUUCCAGGACGUGGGCGCCUGCAUCGCCCUGGUGUCCGUCCGCGUGUUCUACAAGAAGUGCCCGCUGACGGUGCGCAACCUGGCCCAGUUUCCCGACACCAUCACCGGGGCCGACACGUCCUCGCUGGUGGAGGUCCGCGGCUCCUGCGUCAACAACUCCGAGGAGAAGGAUGUGCCAAAGAUGUACUGCGGGGCAGAUGGCGAGUGGCUGGUGCCCAUUGGCAACUGCCUGUGCCAUGCCGGGCACGAAGAGCGGAAUGGAGAAUGCCAAGCCUGCAAAAUUGGAUAUUACAAAGCCCUCUCCACAGAUGCCACCUGUGCCAAGUGCCCACCCCAUAGCUACUCUGUCUGGGAAGGAGCCAUAUCCUGCACCUGUGAUCGAGGCUUUUUCAGAGCCGACAGUGAUGCCGCCUCAAUGCCCUGCACUCGCCCACCAUCAGCUCCCCUAAACUUGAUUUCAAAAGUCAAUGAGACUUCAGUGAACUUGGAAUGGAGCAGUCCUCAGAACACGGGCGGCCGCCAGGACAUUUCCUACAAUGUGGUGUGCAAGAAAUGUGGAGCUGGUGAUUCUAGCAAGUGCCGACCCUGUGGCAGUGGGGUCCACUACACCCCACAGCAGAAUGGCCUGAAGACCACUAAAGUCUCCAUCACUGACCUCCUGGCUCAUACCAAUUACACAUUUGAAAUCUGGGCGGUGAACGGAGUGUCCAAGUAUAACCCUAGCCCAGAUCAGUCAGUGUCUGUCACCGUGACAACCAACCAAGCAGCACCAUCAUCUAUUGCUUUGGUCCAGGCUAAAGAAGUUACCAGAUACAGUGUUGCCCUGGCUUGGCUAGAACCAGAUCGGCCCAAUGGAGUGAUCUUAGAGUAUGAAGUCAAGUAUUAUGAGAAGGAUCAGAAUGAGCGAAGCUAUCGCAUUGUCCGGACCGCUGCCAGGAACACUGAUAUCAAAGGUCUGAAUCCUCUGACUUCCUAUGUUUUCCAUGUUCGGGCCAGGACAGCAGCUGGCUAUGGAGAUUUCAGUGAGCCCCUGGAGGUCACAACCAACACAGUGCCUUCUCGGAUCAUUGGAGAUGGGGCCAACUCCACCGUCCUUCUGGUCUCUGUAGCUGGCAGUGUGGUGCUAGUGGUCAUUCUCAUCGCAGCUUUUGUCAUCAGCAGGAGACGGAGUAAAUACAGUAAAGCCAAGCAAGAAGCAGAUGAGGAGAAACAUUUGAAUCAAGGUGUUAGAACAUAUGUGGAUCCUUUUACAUACGAGGAUCCCAACCAAGCAGUUCGAGAAUUUGCCAAAGAAAUCGAUGCGUCCUGCAUUAAGAUAGAAAAAGUCAUAGGAGUUGGUGAAUUUGGUGAAGUCUGCAGCGGCCGUCUCAAAGUGCCUGGCAAGAGAGAGAUCUGUGUGGCCAUUAAGACGCUGAAAGCCGGCUACACAGACAAACAGAGGAGAGACUUCCUGAGCGAGGCCAGCAUCAUGGGACAGUUUGACCACCCGAAUAUAAUUCACAUGGAAGGCGUCGUCACCAAAUGUAAACCAGUGAUGAUCAUAACAGAGUACAUGGAGAAUGGCUCUUUGGAUGCAUUCCUCAGGAAGAAUGACGGCAGAUUCACAGUCAUUCAGCUGGUGGGCAUGCUUCGUGGCAUUGGGUCUGGGAUGAAGUACUUAUCUGAUAUGAGUUAUGUGCAUCGAGAUCUGGCUGCACGGAACAUUCUGGUAAACAGCAACUUGGUCUGCAAAGUGUCCGAUUUUGGCAUGUCCCGAGUACUUGAGGAUGAUCCGGAAGCAGCUUAUACCACAAGGGGUGGCAAGAUUCCUAUCCGGUGGACUGCGCCAGAAGCAAUUGCCUAUCGUAAAUUCACAUCAGCAAGUGAUGUAUGGAGCUACGGAAUUGUUAUGUGGGAAGUGAUGUCGUAUGGAGAGAGACCCUAUUGGGAUAUGUCCAAUCAAGAUGUGAUUAAAGCCAUUGAGGAAGGCUAUCGGCUACCCCCUCCAAUGGACUGCCCCAUCUCACUCCACCAGCUGAUGCUAGACUGCUGGCAGAAGGAGAGGAGUGACAGGCCUAAAUUUGGGCAGAUUGUCAACAUGUUGGACAAACUCAUCCGCAACCCCAGCAGCUUGAAGAGGACGGGAACAGAGAGCUCCAGACCCAACACUGCCUUGUUGGAUCCAAGCUCCCCUGAAUUCUCCGCCGUGGUUUCAGUGGGCGACUGGCUGCAGGCCAUUAAAAUGGACCGGUAUAAGGAUAAUUUCACGGCUGCUGGUUAUACCACACUAGAGGCUGUGGUGCACAUGAACCAGGACGACCUGGCACGAAUCGGCAUCACAGCUGUCACCCACCAGAAUAAGAUUUUGAACAACGUCCAGGCGAUGCGAACCCAAAUGCAGCAGAUACACGGCAGGAUGGUUCCCGUCUGA